AUGGCACACAGCAAAAGAAACACCAGUCGACCCAUCUUCACGUCCCACGAGCGGGCGAUGGCCCGCGUGGCCUGGGGCUCGUCGACCGCUCGCCUUUCGCGGGAAUCCUUCUUGCCAUUCGCCUCGUGUUGGCUGUGUCUCGAGCCUGCGAUAGACCCCGUUGCAUGCGCCCACGGCGAUAUCUUCUGCCGCGAGUGUGCCCUCAGCAACAUCCUGGCCCAGAAGAAGGAGAUCAAACGAGCCGACAAGACCCGCGAGCAGGAGGAGCGCGAGGCAUUAGAAGAGAAGACACGACGGGAUGCCGAGGCUCAAGAAAGAUCCAUACGAGAGUUCGAGUUGACACAAGCCGGGCUGAGCAUCAAGAGGGGGAAUAGUGCAAGUAGUGGGAGGGAAAAGACGGAGCCGCCGGGGCGGGAUGCCCAGGUUGACAAUGGGAAAAACGGGCAAGGCAACGGCCCGAAAGCAGGCGAGAAGCGCAAGUUCUCGCUGGACCCGGACGAGGUUUCACGCAUUGCCGAGGAAGAGCGGACGAAAGCGAGGAGAGCGAUCGAUGACGAGAAGGCGUCCAAGCCUACGCUGCCAUCAUUCUGGUCACCUACGGUCACACCGUCGUCAAAUAGCGGCAAUACUCUGCAUGAGGUGAAGAAGAAAGUCAAGACACAGCCGACUUGUCCGGCAUCAGCAGAGGAUAAACCACACCACUACUCACUACACAGCCUCAUCACCGUCAACUUCUCCGAAGAGGCAGAUUCGAACAGCAAAACACCCCAAAGAAUAUGCCCGGCGUGCAAGAAGGGGCUCUCGAAUUCUUCCCGGGCUACACUAGCCAAGCCUUGUGGGCAUGUGCUUUGCAAGAGCUGCGUGGACCAGUUCAUGAAGCCAACUAAUGGAGAAUCAAUGCGCUGUUAUGUUUGCGAAGCUGACCUGACAGAGAAGGAGUCCGCGAAGAAAGAGGGCAAGGACAAGAUCCGGCCAGGCUUGGUGGAGCUGCGUCGCGAAGGCACAGGGUUCUCCGCCGGUGGCAGCAACCAAGUCAAGAAAGAUGCAGUGAUGUUCCGAUGUUGA